AUGGAUCACCUCUGCUUUGUGCAACCGGUUGAGUCUGGCGAUAACGAUCAAGUUUCAAAAUUAUUGUUUUUUGAUUUUGAAACCAACCAAGAAACCAAAAUUCACGUUCCUAAUUUGGUUGUCCUUCAAGACGAAGAGGGAAAUGAAACUGUUUUCAAAGGCUCCAAUUGCUGCGAUGAAUUUUGUCGUUUUCUGUUUGAAGGAGAACUUGCAGAUGUAAUAGUGCUAGCUCAUAACUUUAGGGCUUUUGACGGGUACUUUAUCUUGCAGUAUCUCAAUAAAAACUGCAUCAUUCCAAAGGUGGUCAUGAAUGGCGCUAAAAUUCUAUCUAUGGAGAUUYUUGAGAGAAAUAUCAAGUUCUUGGACAGUCUUUCCUUCUUGCCAAUGAGGCUCGCGGCCUUACCCAAAACGUUUGGUUUAACGGAACUUCGCAAGGGCUUUUUUCCYCACAAAUUCAAUACGGAGGCCAAUCAGAACUACGUAGGAUGCCUUCCUGACGCCCAAGAGUACGAUCCAGAUAGCAUGUCAUCCAGCGAAAGAGAAACCUUUUUCACAUGGUAUGACGAGUUGAAAUCGCAAAAUUACGUUUUUGACAUGGAAAAAGAAAUCUUGGAGUAUUGCAGAUCUGACGUUGACAUUCUGAGGCGCGCCUGUUUGYAAUUCAGACGUCUGUUUCUUGAAAUCAACGACAUCGAUCCUUUCCUAAAGUGCAUCACUAUAGCGUCGGCUUGCAAUCUUGUAUUUAGAACUCACUUUCUUCAGGAAGAGUCUAUCGCUGUCAUUCCUCCCAUGGGUUAUCGCGGUCAAGACAGACACUCUGCGAUUGCAAUAAAAUGGUUGACUUGGUUGUCUGAAAAAGAAAAUCUGAACAUUCAACAUGCCAGGAACGGAGGCGAGCACCGCAUUGGUCGAUUUAAAGUGGAUGGGUACUUGAGAGGAUCAGAGCAAAAUACGAGUGUACGAGUGUAUGAGUUCAAUGGAUGUCUCGUACAUGGGUGUUCCUCUUGUUUUUCGCCGCAAACUCGUAGUCCUUUCAACAACUGUACGAUGCAAGAAUUACGRGAGAAAACCCUCUCGCGCAGACAAUUCCUUGAGCAACAUGCUACCGUCAUCGAAAAAUGGGAGUGCGAGUUGAAAAAAGAACUGAUAGAGGAUGAAGAAAUGCAGACCUUUUUUGACAAUAUCAACCUAUCAGAGCCCCUAGAGCCAAGAGACAGUCUCUAUGGUGGCCGUACGAAUGCCUAUCGUCUCUUUUACAAUGCAAAGGAAGGCGAACAGAUUAAGUAUUACGACUUUACAAGUUUGUAUCCGUAUGUGAACAAAUACGGCGAAUACCCCUUGCACCACCCUGAAAUCAUCACAGAGAAUUUUGGACCCAUUUCAGACUAUUUUGGUCUCAUUAAGUGCACCGUGCUUCCCCCCAGAGGUUUGUUUCAUCCCGUGCUGCCCUUGAAAUGCAACAACAAACUGAUGUUUCCUCUCUGCCGCACUUGUGCCGAAACCUUACAACAGGAACCUUGCCGCCAUAGCGACGAAGAACGCGCUAUAAACGGAACUUGGGUUUCCCUGGAGCUCCAAAAAGCGAUCGAAAAAGGCUAUCGGGUUGUUCAGAUUGACGAGGUGUGGCAUUUUUCUCAAAAAUCUGACGACCUCUUUUCCCUUUACAUCGAUCGCUUUUUGAAAAUCAAACAGGAAAGCUCGGGUUAUCCAAGCUGGUGCCGGACGGAGGAAGACAAACAAACAUAUAUUGACGAUUACCUCGAAAACGAAGGAAUCAAGUUAGACCCCGCAAAGAUCGUGAAAAAUCCUGGUUUGCGUGCCUUGGCAAAGCUGAUGCUUAACAGUUUUUGRGGAAAAUUUGCGCAGCGCACCAAUCAGACACAAAUCGAGCUGAUCAAAGACUUAGGGCGUUUCCUCGAGUUGCUCUGCGAUGAUUCCAUCGAAGUUCAGAACAUUCGAUUUAUCAAUGAUGAAGUCAUUGAAGCGCAUUACGUAUGUCAGGACGCCUUCACACCCUGCAAUGGAAAAACCAAUGUAGUCAUUGCCGCUUUUACAACAGCUCACGCGCGUCUUCACCUGUAUGACGUUUUAGAUCGUUUAGGAGAUCGCUGUUUUUACUGUGACACGGAUUCAGUAAUAUUUCUUUCUCGCGAAGGAGAAGAACAGGAAGAUCCUCCUUUGGGCGAUUACCUGGGUGAGCUUACCUCCGAGACGGGUGAACAAUUCAUUACAAGUUUUGUAUCAGGAGGACCGAAGAAUUACGCCUAUCAGCUGAGUGACGGUAGUACGCAUUGCAAAGUCCGGGGAAUUACAUUGAACUAUAGAAAUUCCCAGACCAUUAAUUUUGAUUUGAUGAAACAACUCGUUUGCCUAGAACCAGACAGAACCGUCACAGUCACUAAUCCGUGUAAAAUCGUUCGUGAUUUGAAAACGAAAAACAUUGUGUCUCGCCAGGAAUCCAAGGAUUACCGCGUGGUGUACAAUAAACGCGUGAUCAAGGAKGACUUUACUACCGAACCCUAUGGAUUUUGAUUAUUUUCUGUAUCGAAAACUUGUAAAUAGAAUCUCGUUAUUUGUUAAUAAUAAAGUCRAUUUGUAACUGA